AUGACCAGACUGGACGUGUCGUCCAGCCCAGUGCUUGCAGGCGCACCGCCGGUGCGUGCUGCGACGUCUGAGCCCGAUGUCAACCUCGGCGAGCAUUGGCGCUCAAGAAUCAAGGCGCUCAACAUUUUCAAGAGCACGUUUGGCCAUUUGCACGUGCCGCCGGACUUCGUCAUUGGCAUCACCGAGCCAUGCCACGUCGCAGCACGCACCGGCGGUGCGCCAGCAAGCACUGGGCUGGACGACACACUCUUGCCGCUGGCAGUGGCCCAGCUCGAAGACCUCGGUUUCGAAUGGGCGCCCGUGUCGUUCGAGUCGAUCGCUGCGGGGAUGCAGCUCUUUGCGACCACGUUUCCCGUCCACCCGCCGCGUACAUUUGUCGUGCCGGCGCAGCCACCGUGGCCUCAAGACCUCUGGGGCGAAGACUUGCUCGGAUCGAAUGCCAAGCGCGUUGCUUGGCUCGACACGACGACGACCGAGUACAACCAGUCGCUGGCGUUGUGCCGGGUGCCGUCGGCCACGCCGUCGGUGCCAACGGGAAGACCCGUGUACCCGCAGGACGUCGUUCUGGCUACGAUCGCACGCUACACGACAAUCAACGAGUGGCCCAUGGAGGCCUCUUUGAUGCCUCUCGGCUUCUUUGUUUGGGCGAUGCGCGACCAGUGGGCUCAUCUCAACCCGAGCGCGUCGAUGAUGCUCGAAGCGCUCGGUUUUGCACCCAACAACACUGGCGGCGUCCAUGUUGGUGGCGACAACGACGUCGGCGACGCGGCGCGUGUCCAGGAUCAAGCCCACGGCAACAUGGCUAUGCAUGCUGAGCCUGCACCGGCCGCUGGGCAAGCGCUCCCGAACGGCACCCACGGUGACCUGCCGCUGCCAGGUUUUGCCAACGGCGAUCCCGUUCCCCACGCUCGUCUGGACGACAUGCAGGACGACUCUGACGACGACGCCCUCAUUCGUCAUCGCCGUCGCCCUCGGUCGCCGUCGCCGGAGGUCGUUCGCCGAAUGCGCCGACGCGUCGAAUGAUUUCAACUCCACGAUGUGCUGCCGCGCGAGCAAAUUGCCGACAAGCCUGAAGAGCGCGCGGGGUUCGGCAUCUGGGGUAUCGUCAACGACCUUCGCAACUGGAUUUUCCAGUAGUCUCCGAAAGAGUCGACUGAAUGAGGCUCCAUGUCUUGUGGCGAGCUUAAUUUGGUCCUUCGUUGUUGUUUGCUUCUAGCCCGACGCUGUCGUCUUCCCCCG